GCUGUUUUUUGUUGGAAAUAAAUGAAAAUUCGACAAAAGAACAAUCAUCCCAAUCAUCAGUGGUGUUAAGCUUAAAUCACGAGGUUAGUGUUGCACACUGAAAGUGGAAGACUUGUUGUAAUGAAUAAAUUUGAACAGGCGCUGGAAAACUACAUAAAAAGCGGAGAUUUCUCUUGCAUUCUUGAGGAAUACAAAAAAAGCAACACUUUAAGUGAUAGUUCCCGCCGCUCGUUAGUGCGCGAGUCUACUAACUUUUUACGCCAACAUUGUGGAAAUCACCCGAAGCGUGGGGAAAAAAUUGCACUAGCUGAAUCAAUAAUAUGUAUUUUUCCAGCUUUUAAGAUUGCUAAUAGCAAAUUUGGGGGAAUUGAUUUGUUCUACAAUCCAGAGAACAAUUCCGGCUAUUUAGCUGCAAAGUUAAAAACCAUAAACACCAAGCUUACGAAACUCGACAGCGGUGGAAAAAAAAAACGUAAACUAUCUGAGGUCGACAAGGAAAGCGAUGAUGAAGCGGUAAUUUCUGUAGAAGAUCUUCACUUUUUUCAAAACUGCAUUGUUGCAGACGAACUGCAACUGGUUCAACAGAAAUUGCAGGAAACGUUAAAAGCAAGACAAAAGUUUAUCGCAACUGAAUCUAAUGUUUUGGAACAUUUCCCAAUAUUUUUAUAUGAUUCGUCAUUGAUUGAUUUUGAUUUUAAUCUUCGGAAUGGAGAGGCGAUUUCGAACAGUCUUUUAGAAAACUGGGAAAAAUAUGAAAGCUGUGUGGAGAAAAUUUUAAUUGAUGCCGCUGGCGGACCUAGUCUGGGAAACUGUACUGAUUGGGCCACUGAAGUGCUACCUUAUUUGAUGCUUUUAAAGCUGCUGCCAUCUACUGCCAGUGGACGCGCCCAAAAGAAAGUAAACUUUCAAAAAUCUGUCGAUAGUUUUCUUUCCUUUGAAAACGUAAUUUACUAUAAAAUGUUUAUUCUUAAUCAACACAAAUAACACAAUUUUUUCUUUGUAGCUCAACACCCCUAUCGCAGAAUAUGCAGCUGAGACUAGUCAGCCCACCAUCGUUGCAGUUGGACAAGACAGAGCCACAAU